AUGUUCGGCGAGCCGCGGUCCACCACCCUCACGCUCGUAGCCUUGGGGGCGGGUCUGCUGCUCUACCUGCCAGCUCGGCCUCCGACCGCCCCUGAGCAGCCUCCGCGGAGCUCUGGACAGCACCAGCUCCUCAACUGCACCAGCCUGGAAGAGGUCACCGACCUGGAGUGGGUGGCCAGCGGAUGGACGAAGGCGGUCUACAGGGGACGUCUUCGGGGGAGGGACAUCGCCGUCAAGACGGUCAACCUGGAUGGCCAUGACAUCGAGUCCUGUCUGGCCCGGCCCGAGGCGCCUUCCCUGGCACGCUGCUAUCGCAGGACAUCCGCCAAGAUCCUGCGAGAACUCAUCCUUCUACAAGAGUUGGACCAUCCCAAUGUCAUUAAGGUGAGGGUCCUAGCUCUCCAUUCUUAG